GCUGAGGGGCUGUGGUGGUGCACUGACUGAGAGAGAUGGCAGAUGUCCGUGAAGAAGAAGAUGAAGAAGAAUGCCCUGAGUUGGUUCCAAUCGAGACAGAUUAUAAUUCCCAGAGUGUACAGAUUCCAGUUACCAUCAUAACCGGAUAUUUAGGUGCUGGUAAAACAACACUUCUGAAUUAUAUUCUGACGGAACAACACAAUAAAAGGAUUGCAGUAAUUCUCAACGAGUUUGGUGAAGGGAGUGCACUGGAAAAGUCUUUGGCAGUGAGCCACGCAGGAGAACUUUACGAGGAGUGGCUGGAGCUACGGAAUGGGUGCCUCUGUUGCUCAGUAAAAGACAAUGGUCUGAAAGCCAUCGAAAACCUCAUGCAGAAAAAGGGCAAGUUUGACUACAUUCUACUAGAAACUACUGGAUUGGCCGACCCAGGUGCUGUUUCUGCCAUGUUCUGGGUUGAUGCAGAAUUGGGGAGCGACAUUUACCUCGAUGGUAUUGUUACAGUUGUUGAUGCAAAAUAUGGAAUGCAGCAUUUGACAGAAGAAAAGCCUGAUGGUCUGAUUAAUGAAGCAGCAAGGCAGAUUGCCCUGGGUGACCUCAUUAUAGUUAACAAAACUGAUCUGAUUCACCAAGAGGAGCUGGAUGAACUAAGGCAUAUUGUAAGGUCAAUCAAUGGACUUGCUAAAAUAAUUGAAACACAAAGAUCAAGAGUUGAUCUUUCAAACGUUCUUGAUUUGCACGCCUUUGACAGCCAAACUAAUGAAAAUUUGCAGGAAAAGUUUUGCCACAUGCAGACAACCCGACCUCACCUUGACAAGAGCAUCAUCACGGUUACGUUUGAAUGCUCAGGCAGCAUUCUUGAAGAAGACUUAAACCAAUACCUCCAGAAUCUUUUGUGGGAAAAAAACAUUAACAAUAAGUCAGGCAACCCAAUGGAAAUAAUACGUCUAAAGGCUCUUGUGUCAAUAAAGGAAAAAACACAGCAGGUGAUUGUCCAGGGUGUUCAUGAGCUGUACGAGCAAGAAGAGACUUCUGUCAACUGGGAGUCAGACACUGAAAGACUCAACCGUUUUGUCUUUAUAGGUAGAAACUUGGAUAAAGAAAUUCUAGAAAAAUGUUUUUCUGCUGCUGUAAUAAAACCAGGAGAGUCCAGCUGAGAAUAAGAAUGAAACAUUAAAAGACACAAAUUCAAUUCAA